GUUACAGAUGGAGCCAAUAAUGGAACUUUAGGGCCUGUUUUCAGAGCUGCUUGCUCAGGUGAAGGUGAUGAGCUUAAUUAAUUACUUCAGUCGAACUUCCUGUGCGUGAAAAGCGCGUGGGGAGCCUGGAGGACAGCUGGUUCCACGUGGAAAUUAAUAAGUACCAGUUAAAUCUGAAGACCACCUAAUGGACAAAUCUGGGAACAGCUCACUGCACGCAUAUGACACUUCAGCACCUGAGCAGUUAAAGAACGAACUUGCAAAUGAACCUGCUCAUGGAAAGUGCCCUUCUCUGCAGAAAAGUGAGAACAAGACCUGUCUUCGUUCUCGCAAGAAACCAAAACAGAGACAAACAGGCAUGAAGAGGAAUACGGCCAAGAGAGCAAAGCUAGCUGCCAAGAAGUCAAACAAGGAUCGUGUUCCUUUAAAAGGCCCUCAGCAGAAGAGAUGUAACAGCGUAAAUCAACCUUCUAUCGCAAUAACCCACGUGACGAUGGAUCAAAUGCUUCCUCAAACUGACAGCUUGACCACAGUGCAUGCCACACCAAUAUUGCUGGACAAAUCAACUGUUCCCCGGGGACAGAUGCUGCCAGUGUGCCAGGAUCAAUUUCUCCCUGACUCAUCUCACUUUGUGGAAAAUAACUGGAUAAGCCCAGCCUCCGAGUUUCUCAACCCCGCCUCGUGUGCUUUCACACGCCCAAAGAGCAGCCACGCUUCGGCGCCACAGAUGCGACCGGACCCAUCUACCAGCCAUAUGGAGGUCACUUCUAGCCAUAUGGAUCCUGUUGCUUUCCCAUCGGUUAAUUUUGGCCAAGCUUUCAGCUCACCUGGACAGAGCACUGUAACGAAUUUCAUCCUCUCAUCAGUAGAACAAAGUCAAAUCGGCUCACCGCUCAUCGGCCCGUCUGACAGGGCUUCGGCAGAAGAUUUUACAAACCACCUGUUCUUUUCUCCGUCCACAUUUCAAAGUGCAACUUCAAGUUCCAACGACCUCACUCCAGAAAAUGGAGUUUGUUCAGUGUCUGAGGCUCCAUGUGCUUUGAGCCUUGCCCAAGAGAGUGACCUCUGUAGUAGCAGCCCUCUAACACACAGCCAGUGUGAUAUGACGAGUCCCUUUUGGCUUGAUUUGCUGUUAGAUAGCAGCAGCAGUAACUUGUGCUUUCCUGACGCCAAUCUUGUCGACCUUGUUCUGUCAUCUGAAACGAGGUCCGACUAAUCACGCGUUUUUACGUUUUAAUGACAAAUACAACACAUUUGUAGUUUUGAAUGGCCAACAAUUGAAGAACAUGUGGAUAUGGUCUACAAUGCAUUUUUUUUUUUUU